AUGCCUGAGGGACCGGAGCUCCACCUGGCCAGCCUUUACGUGAACAAAAUGUGUGAGGGAGUGGUGUUCACUGGGCCGGUUAAAAAAUCUGAAGUCAGCAAGAGUCCUGAGGUGCCCUUCACCUGUGAGGCCUAUUGCAUCAGAGCUGCUUCCAGGGGGAAGGAAGUGAAGCUCACAUUGACGCCCAUUAAGACUGAUGACACCAAACAGAGAGUGAAGGCAGGACAAGCUGAUCAGCCCAUGGACAUUGUUUUUCGCUUUGGGAUGUCUGGCUAUUUCCGCUUCACCGCAGAGGAUGAGCUGCCCAAACAUGCACAUCUGCGCUUUUAUUCCAAAGAGAAGCCCUGCAGAGUGCUGAGCUAUGUGGAUGUGCGCAGGUUUGGCAGCUGGCAGCCCAAUGGGACCUGGCAACCUGACCGAGGUCCCUGCGUCAUGUUUGAGUACAAAAGCUUCAGGGAGAACGUGGUGGCGCACCUGUCUGACCGCGCCUUUGACAGGCCCAUCUGUGAAGUUCUGCUCAAUCAGAAGUAUUUCAAUGGAGUCGGGAACUAUCUGAGAGCUGAAAUCCUUUUCAGGUUGAGCAUUCCGCCCUUCAUGCCUGCCAGGACCGUGUUGGAAGGCCUUGAGUCAGAAGACACAUGUGAAAAUGGCAAGCCUGUGAAAAAUGACAUCACAGACACAAAGACCACAGACAGAACCAAAAAGAAAGGAGUGAAAGGGCAGACGGCAGACCUGCUUAGGCUGUGUCAUACCGUACCUCUGGAGGUGGUGAAUCUAGGUGGGAAGGGUUACGACCCGGCAAAGGCGGAUUACUCUGACUUUGAGGCGUGGCUGCAGUGUUACUGUGUUGAUGGGAUGAAAUCUAUCCGGGACCACAAUGGCAGGACCAUGUGGUUCAAAGGAGAUCCAGGCCCCAUGGCACCUAAAGGUAUUUAA